ACUUCCUACUAUUGAAAAAAAGAAGAUGAUUUAUAAUUAAAAGAUUGCUCAUCUGUAUCGAAAAAUUCAUGGGUUCACUCUAUGAUGUCCAGAGACCCCCAAGAUGGUGAAUAGGACACACAAUGAAGACAAUCAAUGAAAGCCAGAAGAUCUACUGUUAAUAAUUAAGAACAUCAAGAAUAGGCAGCAAGGGACCAAGGAAGUCAGGCUGCGCAUACAUGGACAAAGGCAAUUUCUUAGAAGACACAACUUCUAAGCAACAGAAAGAUUUGCCUUAUGAUGGGGAUAUCUCCCAAAUUAAGAUAUACAACGAUUACAAUUUUACCUCAAAAAAUGACAUCCUUGAUGUCUCAAAUCAAAUUCCUUUAACAAUAGAUGACCUUCAAGGAAAGGCUACAUAUAAAGAGACUUGCAGAAAUGCAGACAUGGCCAUGACUCUGGGUAAAAUGACUAAAACUGUUAUCAACAAAAACUAUGAUAAAGAGAAACAAUCCACUGUAAAUCUUGAUAUUCUGGCUAAUGAAAGAGACCCUUCCAAGUCAAGCAUUUCUGAUAAUUUACUCCAUCAUCCUUCCAGUGGGGAAUUCUUAAAAGGUCAAGGCAUUAAUUGUGAAACUUUCCCAGAGAUUUCUAAUGCUGACAGUUCUGAUGAAGCUAUCGUUAAAAAUAUUAUUUUGCGCUAUGUUAAGAAUUCUUGGUCAAAAGAACAAACCCCAGAACUCACAGACCAACUGAGCCCCAAAAGGGGUGGUGAAAACAGCAAUAUGCCCUGUUGUUCUCUAACUGUGACAGAAGGAAACGCCUCUGACCUAGAGGCUGCUGGAGAGAGCAGCCAUCAAGAAACUUCACAUUUUCUAACUAAAAUCAAGAGUCCGCAUGAUAAACCAAAAAGUUGCCAAGGGCAGCCACCCCAGAAACUGCAGACUGAAAAAGCAGUUUCAGGCACUGAGUUCAAACAUGGCCGUAGUCUGUUUCCUUACGAGUUAUCUGAUUUCCCUAAGGUUGCUCCCAAAGGGAAAAUCCCUAAAAAUAAAACAAUUAAUAAACCACUUACAACAGAUAAACAAGCCAGCUUUUCUCCUAAAUUGAGAGAGAAGUCAGCUAUUGUGCAAGAUAUUUUAGAAAGCAUGUCUAGGUCAAACUGUAUUGAAAGACACGGACAGAAAAGGAAAACUGCUGAACCUUCACAACAGAUAGAGAUGGAGCCCACAAUACAUAUUCACCAAGAACAUCUCACAGGAAGAGAAUCAGAGAUGAGUCUCUUUAAGGUGUCAUCAAUGUCUCAGAAAGACAUUUUCCCAAGUUCUUCUUCCAUAUUUCAGAAGAUAACCCAAGGGAAACAGAUGUGCCAGAAGUUAAAAGAAGAGACUGAUCAACUGAAGACUAAAGUACAAGAAUUUUCCAAAAGCAUAGCACAGGACUCUCCCUAUCAUUUGCAAGAUAAGAGGCUGGUCCUGGAGAAACUGCAGGGACAUCUUGAACUGCUGGAGCAGGAGUUUCUGGACAAGAAGGAGAUGCAUCUGACUUUGAAGCAAGUUCACAGGCAUGAGUCCCCAGCUGUCGGUGACUUUGAUCCAGAAAGAGAAGUGGAAGGUGAAAUCUUCAAGUUGGAGAUGCUACUUGAAGAUGUUAAAGAGAAAAUUAAUAAGGGCAAAUGUACUUCAGCCGUCUCUCUUCCUGUGAGUUCUCCAAUCAUCUCGGAUGACUUGGCAUCCAUAUCCUCUCCACCCUCAAAUGAGCCCCAAGCCAUUAUAGCACAGACCCCACCGAGCAAGAAAUCAGAGCAAAGGAGUCCCGGAGAGGAGAACCCCAUCAACACCCCGGGAAGGCAGGACCACGCAGAGACGACCAGUCCAAGCUGUGACUUUUGCCAUGGGGUCCUUGAACGGAAGGAAAACAUGGAGAAAAAAGGACACAGAAAGACCAACUGCGGAAGGUGUCCCCCUGCCAUUCCAGAAAAGGCACAGCAUGCCAGUUCGAUUCUCAGUUCUGCUGUAGGCCCCAGAUGCUCUUCUGCUUCUGGGACUGGAUUGCAGAGUAAUAAAUGUGAGAACUGUGGCACUAAGCGUCAUAAUUCCCGAAGAGUCUAUGGCAAAGAGCCACUUGAAGAAUUUCAUUAUAGAUACAACAUGCCAGGAGAGAAUUACUUAAACCCUAACGAAAGAAGUGCCUUUGUCAAGCUCUGCUUUUUAAACGAAAAUAAAAAUUCUUCACCUUCUUGUUCAAAACCAGAAUGGAUCUGUUCCCAGACAUCAAAUCCAAAAUCCUCUCAUGAUGAACAUGAGCCCAUACCAGGAAAAAAAAAUCUUAAGGUUUUCAUGACCUACCAUUCAGACCUUGCUACACCCUCACCCCAUUUCCACUCCUGCAGGAUUUCUGGAAGCAAAUCUUUAAGCAACUUUGGCAGUACCGAAGAAACAGAAUCUGAGAUUUUAAACUCGUCUUUGGCUCAUGCCCUGAGGACAGCAACCAUUUUGAAAGACACUACUGAUCGAAUGAUUACAGCUAUUGCAGAAGAUCUUGCCAAAGUACAGAGAUGGAGGAAUCGACUGAAAUACUAGUUCGACCCAAGGCAACUGAGAACUUAAAAAAAAAAGACAAAUGCAAAGAAAA